AUGGUUGAGCCAGGCAGGAGCGCUGGCCACUCAACCUCGCCGCAGUCUUCAGACCGCACCACGCCCACCUACGGGUACCACAACACAUUCCACACCCACGCUCAACUCGCAAUUGACGCUCCUCCACCUACCUACGCCUGCGCUAUAAAUCCCCGGACCUUGGAUCGACUCAAUGCUAAAGCUAGAUUAGAAAAAAGAUCCCUCGCUCACCCUCCACCACCAUAUACCUGCACUGUAGAAAUUGGAGGCGUUUUGGGCCUAAAGCAAGAAUUAUCAACCCCAUUCCAGCUGGCCGGACACCGAGAGUGGAACGACGCGUAUGUGGUGCUACGGGGGACCCAGCUGAGCAUCUUUCGUGUCAAAAUCCCCAGCUUCCUCAGCAAGAACCGCGCUCCGGGACCGGGACGCUUGGUGAAGACCUUUACCCUCCAACAUGCUGAAGUUGGUAUGGCUUCCGACUUCAAGAAGACGCCACUAACUCCAAGGUCGCCAUUUGCGCAUCUGGUGCCUUCGUCCGCCCGCCAGAAACUCUACGAGACGGAUCCCCAUCUUUUUGAACCAGUCCGUGAGCACGUGAUCCGCCUUCGAUUGGAAACGGAGCAGUUCUUGCUCUGUGCACCUUCUCAAGAGGAGAUGUUGAACUGGAUUGAAAAUCUUUGCGCGGGUAUUGACAUUAGCCCACCACUGGACGACCGGAGCGAGCCGCGUUAUAGGAGUCUUCCCCGGAGAAGUAGGCGGCAGCGGCUACUUGACAGUUCGCGGAUCAAUGCUAACCUGGAUAAUCUAUCUAAUCUGGAGACCGGCAGGCGAAUCAUUGCCGAACAAGAGCGCAUCAUCCGCCAACUCUACCCUCACCUUGCAGCUGCAAACACGAGAACUGAGCAACCAGAUCAUCAAGACUCCCACGAGCAUGCAGCCCCAAGCCCUGCCGCAGAUCCUGAGACUGAUGAUCUCGAUCCUGAAGAUGCUCGCUUUCCAAGUUCACAUCGCCCAGGAACCUCUUCCAUGCGUCGGACCGCUUCUCGUGAAGGCGAUGGCAGUUCCGAGCAUGCCCAAGCUGAAAGUGAAGCUCGGCAUUCAAUUGGCAAUGAGUCUUCAGUUGAUCCGAAAUCCACACCUCCACAUCGACAUACCCCAUCACAAGCUCUCCGCUACCGCCGCCGGUGCGCCCCCGUUUUGCUCGCUUCCUCGCCACGAGUGAGUGAUGUUGUCUUUAGCGAAGGUCAGCGCCUGCGAAUUAAUGUCAAGGAACACAAUCUCGUCAGCUACACAUCACACCCGCCUCGCUACGAUGUCCACAACUUCUCCAAGCCCUUGAAGCGUCUUUCCCCGAUUGAUGAAAACGCGGCGACCUCGAGGACAACCUCUAAGCUAGUCCCCAGCCCAAUUCAUGUCCAAAGACCUGCUUCACCUAUGCGUGGUGUAAGCAAUGAUUCUCUCACACAUUCUCUGAACUCCCUGGAGCACGACACCUUUGGAUAUGACUUGGCUUCAACCUCCUCUGCUGAGCAUCCUGGGUCUGAACGUCUCAACAGUGAUUCUGACGAGAUCCGUUCAGUUCCGCCUAAUUCUGAACCCCCCUCGCCAAUCGCGCCGACUCAAGCCAAAGCAGAUGCUACGCGCAGACUUGCGACUUUAGGAAAGACAAGGAGCAGCGAAGAAGCUUCGAGGGACAAUGGUUUAAGCGCAGUUGCUUUGGGAGUGGGCUUGCUGAUUUAG